AUGAGCGCAGCCGCUCAUUGGAAGCAUCAACAGGCGGGUGGUAGUAAUAAGAGGGAGAAGCACGAUCGUCCUCUGCCGGCUUUUUGUAAGGACUGUUUGGAGAGAAGGAAGGACGACGAUGAUCCCCAAGCACUCUGCGAAACGUGCGCAACAUUUCGACUCGAUGGCGAUGGCGAAAGCGACAAGACCUUGGCGACGUGGUACUCCAAAAUCGACCAGAGCGCAGUUGAGAGGAUCCAGUUGCUCAAUACCUUUCUCAACGAGCAUUAUCCUUCAUCAGUAGAACCCGAAGUCUACCUGGCGCGGCAUAUGAGCCUCUUCAUGAACUUGCCCCUCGUCGACAUAUCUUCACCGAUGAUGAGCAGUGCCGUUGAUACGCUCUGUUUGGCGCAUCUUGGGACUAAUCGCAAGGAUCAGCGACUGCUUCAUGCGUCGCAAACGGCGUACGGGCGAGUGCUGGCGAGUAUCAUGCAGGCUGUGAGUGGCAAGGGUGGGAAGAAACAGUACACUCCUCGCGACGUUAUCGCCAGCUGUUUACUCAUGAGCGUCUACAACGAUGGAUCUCCUGGUGAGAUUCGCGCGAGGAACUACGCUACACAUCUCUUCGGCGCCGCACAGUACGCUCAGGCUUGUGGUCCUAACUGCCUGGAUCCGGAGAGACCGUUCGACCAGAAAGUGUUGAUGUGGGUACGGUUCCAGACCCUGUUCGUCUGUGCAGCGAAGAGAAAGAAGUUCUUCUGGGAAGAGAGACGAUGGCGAGACAAGGAAGAUCGUUUCCCUCCAGGUGGUUCGAGAGACUGGUUCCCACUGCUCGUCCCGCUUCCAGGGAUGCUCGAACGCUCUGAUCCUUUCCUCAAGAUAAAUGCUGCAACACCUCCUCGCCUACAACAAGUCUUCAAGCUUUGCGUUGAACUCGACUCCUACCGUGAGCGCCUCCUCUCGUGGGUCGAGACCGAUUUCGCUGGACGUCCUGGCAUCGCGGCCAUUACCGACCCAGAGAACUUUGAUUUCGAGAUUGAAGAACAUUGCUUCAUCACAACCUCAUCGACCUUCACAACAUUCCACGUCUUUGUGAAUCCUGCUCACGCAAUGCGCUGUAUCGUGUCCUGGAUCUUGGCCCUCAUCUCCGACUGUACCCUCCUCCGCCUUAUCCGGACGUACCCUGCCGCAACCACCUUUCUCAAACGCUCCUUCCACGAAAUCGAACAGAAAGCCUACUUUACCGCCUGCGACAUUUGCAAAUCCGUCUACUACUACAGCGUCCUCAACUCUCUCGCCUACGCACAUAUGCUGUACGUGUUCAUUGAUCUGACCAAGACGUUCUUUGAAGAGUACGGCGGGGAAAAGGAGAUUGGGUGGUGUCAAGCUUGCAUGAUUGCGACCAAGUUGCGAAUUGAAAGACCGAGUAAAGACGAGAGUGGUAAGGGGAGUACCAGGAGGAGAGGGACCCUUUGCAGGGUUGGUGAUCUGUUGGGUGGCUUCGAAAGGGCUUGUCGGUAUCGAAGCGGUCCAGUUGUGAGGCCGAGAGAUUGUGAGGCGACACAGCAAAUCGAGGGAGGAUGA